AUGGCAACAUCUACCACAACAUUUCAACCGCCGCCAGCCCAGAAUGACCAUGUCAACAGUGCUACUAAUGAUGAUACCGAAAAAUCUGCUAUAAAAAGGCUUUCGCAGGGUGUCACCCUUUCUGCAACCCCAUCCUUUACCUCACUUAAAGUGAAAAGACAAUGGAUGCUUGAGCAUUUGGCGGGAGCCUUCCGUGUUUUCGCUAGAAAGGGGUAUGUUGAAGGGCUUACUGGGCAUAUUAGCCUCAGAGAUCCUGUCGAUGAGGCAGCUUAUUUAUUUUCCGUCAUGGAAAGAUCUUGUCAAGUGCAGCUUUUAGUGGAUGCUGCUGCCGCUGGCUCCGGACACAAGAAAGUGCCAGUAAGUGAUGAAGCUGCAAUUUAUACUGCCAAGGCUAUGGCCGAUCCUGAGACUCUUUACUGUGCCUUUCAACCAGAGUAUGAGAUGGAGAAAGCAUUAUCAAAUGGGGCUUUCUUGAAGUAA